CUUUCUGGAGGACACCUGCUCUGGACCAGCCUCAGGAUGUUGACCAUUGCUUUUCUCGCCCUUCUUUGUGCCUCAGCCUCUGCCACAGAGAUUCAGCCCAGGGACUCCUCCUACAGUGGAGAAUACGGAGGCGGGGGAGGAGAACGAUUCUCCCAGUCUGGAAACCAGCUGGAUGGCCCCAUCACCGCCAUUCGCCUCCGAGUCAGCAGUUACUACAUCGUAGGUCUCCAGGUGCGCUACGGCACGGUGUGGAGCGACUAUGUGGGUGGCACCUCGGGAGACCUGGACGAGAUCUUUCUCUACCCUGGGGAGUCCAUCGUCCAGGUGUCGGGAAAGUACAAGACCUACCUGAGAAAGCUGGUCUUUGUGACCGACAAGUUCCGUUUCCUGUCUUUCGGGAAAGACAAAGGCACGAGUUUCAACGCUGCCCCCCUGUACCCCAACACUGUGCUACGAUUCUUCAGUGGCCGAGCUGGCUCCCUCAUUGAUGCCAUCGGCUUCCACUGGGACUUCUACCCCUCUGAUUACGAGAGCUGCUGA